CGGCCGCGAUCUCAAACCAAACACAAGAAUUGGCGUGUGACUCAUCUGCUUGGAUACCUCCAGUCCCCAAACUGUGUUCCAGGAGUUUUCUUGGCCGAAGCUGCCCGAUGUUUGAGCCUUUUCUUCCCAGAGAAGAAGAUGGACUGAAAGCUGCCAGUUGGGGACUCUUUGUGAUCACGGCGUUGCUGGGUUUUAAAGGAGGUGAUGGGGCUUACGCUGGCUUGUCUUCCCACCCAAGUGAAGAGUUGAUGUUCACUGGUUAUGCUUAGACAAUGUGCAGUUUGUGUUAAUUUAAAAUUUUGGGUGGGAUAGGGGCAUAGGCUUGUGAAGGGCAGUCCGGAUCCGGAGGAACUCCUCUUUGUCCCUGGUAGGAGAGACACCCCCAGUCUAUCCUCGAUGCCGUCAGCCUUGGCCAUCUUCACUUGCCGCCCGAACUCGCACCCGUUUCAGGAGCGUCAUGUCUACCUGGACGAGCCCAUCAAAAUCGGCCGCUCAGUGGCCCGCUGUCGACCAGCGCAGAAUAAUGCCACUUUUGAUUGCAAAGUGCUAUCAAGGAACCAUGCUCUCGUCUGGUUUGAUCACAAGACGGGCAAGUUUUAUCUUCAAGACACUAAAAGUAGUAAUGGUACUUUUAUAAAUAGCCAGAGAUUGAGUCGAGGCUCUGAAGAAAGUCCACCAUGUGAAAUUCUUUCCGGUGACAUUAUCCAGUUUGGAGUAGACGUGACAGAGAAUACACGGAAAGUUACCCAUGGGUGUAUUGUUUCCACAAUAAAACUUUUUCUACCAGAUGGUAUGGAAGCCCGGCUCCGCUCAGAUGUCAUCCAUGCACCAUUACCAAGUCCUGUUGACAAAGUUGCUGCUAACACUCCAAGUAUGUACUCUCAGGAACUGUUCCAGCUUUCUCAGUAUCUACAGGAGGCCUUACAUCGGGAACAAAUGUUGGAACAGAAGUUAGCCACGCUUCAGCGGCUACUAGCCAUCACCCAAGAGGCUUCAGAUACCAGUUGGCAGGCUUUAAUAGAUGAAGAUAGACUCUUAUCACGGUUAGAAGUUAUGGGAAACCAAUUACAGGCAUGCUCCAAAAAUCAAACAGAAGAUAGUUUACGAAAGGAACUUAUAGCAUUACAAGAGGAUAAACAUAACUAUGAGACAACAGCCAAAGAGUCCCUGAGGCGGGUUCUUCAGGAGAAAAUUGAAGUGGUUAGAAAACUUUCAGAAGUUGAGCGAAGUCUGAGUAAUACUGAAGAUGAAUGUACCCAUCUGAAAGAAAUGAAUGAAAGGACUCAGGAAGAAUUAAGAGAAUUAGCCAAUAAAUAUAAUGGAGCAGUUAAUGAGAUUAAAGAUUUAUCUGAUAAAUUAAAGGUAGCAGAGGGAAAACAAGAGGAAAUCCAACAGAAAGGACAGGCUGAGAAAAAAGAAUUACAACAUAAAAUAGAUGAAAUGGAAGAAAAAGAACAGGAGCUCCAGGCAAAAAUAGAAGCUUUGCAAGCUGAUAAUGAUUUCACCAAUGAAAGGCUAACAGCUUUACAAGUACGGUUAGAACAUCUUCAGGAGAAAACUCUUAAAGAAUGCAGCAGCUUAGAGCACUUGCUUUCAAAGAGUGGCGGGGACUGCACUUUUAUUCAUCAAUUCAUAGAAUGCCAGAAGAAGCUGAUCGUCGAAGGGCAUCUAACCAAAGCAGUAGAAGAAACAAAGCUUUCAAAAGAAAAUCAGACAAGAGCAAAAGAAUCUGAUUUUUCAGAUACUCUGAGUCCAAGCAAGGAAAAAAGCAGUGACGACACUACAGAUGCCCAAAUGGAUGAGCAAGACCUAAAUGAGCCUCUUGCCAAAGUGUCCCUUUUAAAAGAUGACUUGCAGGGUGCACAGUCAGAAAUUGAGGCAAAGCAAGAAAUACAGCAUCUUCGAAAGGAAUUGAUCGAAGCCCAGGAGCUAGCUAGAACAAGUAAACAAAAAUGCUUUGAACUUCAAGCUCUUUUGGAAGAAGAAAGAAAAGCCUAUCGAAAUCAAGUUGAGGAAUCCACUAAACAAAUACAGGUUCUUCAAGCCCAAUUGCAGAGGUUACACAUCGAUACUGAGAAUCUCCGGGAGGAGAAGGACAGUGAAAUCACAAGUACUAGAGAUCAAUUGCUUAGUGCCCAAGACGAAAUUUUGCUCCUUCAUCAAGCAGCAGAAAAGGCUGCCUCUGAGCGGGACACUGACAUUGCUUCUUUACAAGAAGAGCUUAAGAAGGUGAGAGCUGAGCUUGAGCGGUGGCGGAAAGCAGCGUCUGAAUAUGAGAAAGAAAUCACAAGUCUGCAAAACAGUUUUCAGCUUAGAUGUCAACAGUGUGAGGACCAGCAGAGAGAAGAAGCAACAAGGUUGCAAGGUGAACUAGAGAAGUUGAGAAAGGAAUGGAAUGCAUUGGAAACCGAAUGCCAUUCUCUAAAAAGGGAAAAUGUUUUGCUAUCAUCAGAACUGCAACGGCAAGAAAAAGAAUUGCACAAUUCUCAGAAGCAGAGUUUAGAGCUUACCAGUGAUCUCAGCAUCCUUCAAAUGUCUAGGAAAGAACUUGAGAAUCAAGUGGGAUCCUUGAAAGAACAGCAUCUUCGGGAUUCAGCUGAUUUAAAAACUCUUCUCAGUAAGGCUGAAAACCAAGCAAAGGAUGUGCAGAAAGAGUAUGAAAAGACACAGACUGUACUCUCAGAACUGAAGUUGAAGUUUGAAAUGACUGAGCAGGAAAAGCAGUCAAUCACAGAUGAGCUCAAACAGUGUAAAAACAACCUGAAGCUGCUCCGAGAGAAAGGAAAUAAUAAACCCUGGCCCUGGAUGCCCAUGUUGGCUGCCCUGGUUGCAGUAACAGCCAUCGUGCUGUACGUGCCAGGUCUGGCCAGAGCUUCUCCAUGAGAGCGUUCCUUGAGUCUGUACACCGUCCUCCCUCUAGAAGCUGGCAUCACACUCAUGCUGGGGACAAACAGAACCAUUUUCUUCCUCUUUACCUCUUAAAACAGCAGAAGUACAAGAAUACAGCUGUAGGGUCAUUGCUUUAAAUUAUAUAAAAUGUAUCUGUCUAUAAAGAAGAUAUAAAAUUGUGACUUUAUUCUACUGUAAGCAAUAAUUUGCUUGCAAUUUUUCAUGUAAUUUUUAAAUUAGUAUGUUAAGAUUCUGAAUAUUAUGGUGGCCUAAAGUAGGCUUCUUGGUACACCAGAUUAUUUAUAACAUUAAAUUUAUGAGUAUUUUACUCUGAAUUCUGAUCACCAGAUAAUUCAUUUUUCUGAUUUGAUAACUACCCAAACCAAACAACCAAUACAUACAUGGGAAGAGAGGCCCUGUGUGCUCAGUGCCUAUCAGUUUGAAAUAUAUACACAUAUAUAUAUAUUUUUUACAUAUUUACGCCAUUUUUACUUGUUAUAAAACCACUGAGCUAUUGGGAACAAGACUUAGAAAUAUUUGCGUGGAUUUUUUUUUUUUUUAAGGAAAAAUACAUUUGGAAAAUAAACUGUUAUGGUGAUAAUUUGGGGAAUAUGUGCACGCUUGUUCAGCCUUAAUGUGACUUGAAGAUGUGGAGGACAUCAACUUUGAAAAACUUUCCAUGAGAGUGUAUUUUCUUGAGCAAACUGAAGUAUUUCUGGGAGCAAAAACAUAGUAAUUACACAAUUUCAGUGCAGUCAACCAAACUGUUGAGUCAAUUGGAAUGUAAUUUAUUAAACCAUGUAUUUAAAGAGAUAUUUUUCUUUAAAAGCCAAGUUACUUUCUCAUAUACAGCAUUUUAGGAAGCAUGAUUUUUUUUUUUCUAUCAUCUAUUCCUCCAAGCAUGUUUAACUGAAGAAAGUAUUAAUAUCUCUUUAGAUAAGCUUGUAUUGACCUAAUUUGGUUUAUGAUGUGUCAGAGCUAAUUCAUGUUCAAGGCGAGCUGUUGUACCUACCAACAAAUUUCCUGGUUGGGUAUGCAAAUGGUUAUUUUCUUUUUAUUGUUGUUAAUUGGGACUUUCUGUUAAUGAAAAGCACCAUUCCCAAGAUUAAUAGUGUUCUGUGCACAAUGAAGCACCUAAAAACACUGCUUGAUGUUACAAAUUUAAAACACAAGUGAAAGUUUAGCCAUGGUUUUGUGCGGCAUCAUAGUUAUGUCAAUAAAGUUUAUUUAGGUCAUAGAAUAUCCUAAAGUAUCACAUAGUUAAAUUUUUCAGUCAGUGAAGACCGGGAGGGAAUGUCAGUGAAUUGGCUUGAAUGUUCUGCGGCGAUCCACAGGUCUAGCCAAAUACUGAAAUAGGAGUUUAGAGUAUAAUUUGCCUUGUGAUGUUUGGCAGGCACUGUUUAUACUUUAAAGGUUAUAUUUUAAGCUAUUUGAGAUUGCUGUUGGGAGGAUCACUAGAUUUAUGGAGGAAUUAGUCACAAAUGACUUGUAGAAAAUACUGUCAUAUAGUUCAUUUCAUCAUUUUCUGUUGCAGGAAGCCACUCCACCACAGAAUGCUAAUAUGCCAGUGGUACCCAGUACCUCUUGUAUAUAGGUUAUUGCAAAUAUUGUUCUGAAAUGCUUAACUUCAGAAUUACAUUUUUUAAAGUAAAUAAUUGUUUUAAAUCUAUUUUGUAAAGAUAUAAAAUACAAUAGAAUUUCUGGAGUACAGAUUAAACUAUUUGCACUAACACACGUGACGUGCAUGAUUUAAUAAAAUAACUUUACUCUCCCUA